UGGGCCGAGCCUAUAUAAUAUUACUUUUUGGCCCUUUUUUAGCUUGGAUCCGGAUGAAGCAUGGGAUCCUAGAUGAAUCCGACCCGUGUUGGAAACAGCCAAAUUUAUACCCAAACCCGCCAGCCCGCUUCCAACACCGUCCUCUAACCGAACUCUGUCCCCAACCAAACCCCAAUAGGAGGCCCCUCCUCCCCUCUCACCUCGCCAACACCGGUACCGGCGACGCGCCGCCGCUUCCUCCUCCGUUUGCUUCUCUCUCGAGGAUUUCUCAGCACCAGGCAUCUUCAACCAGCCAUGUAUCGAGGACCAAAUCCCAUCAAGGCCACCGGAAUUGGGACAAUGGCAUUGGACAUCCAAGAUCAUAUUGGCAGAAAUUGGUAUUUGGUGGGGAUUGGCCUGAUGCUCCUACAAUUGAUUGGUCCGGUAGAUGUGUCCUCUUCUGCUUCUGCCCUAAAUUGAACAAAUCCUGUAUGUUCAUCUUUGGUAGUGUGAUUUUGGCACUCUUUAUAUUAAGUUCUGGUGGUUGUAAAGAUGAAAUUAUAAUUCAUCUCAUUACAGUGAAAGCAUUGGCAUUUCUUCUUAGACUGAUGCUAAAGAAUUACUUGUUUUGA